GCGAGUCUAUUAAACCAAAGAGCAAUAAGUUGUAUCUGCAUUCCGAAUGGGCCGAGAAUGAGUGCUCGAUUGAGGCCCAUGGAUAUUUCGGGAGAUAAUAAUCUAAUGCAUUGUCGGGCUGAAACAACUGGGCUUUCUUUUGAUGGGCCUAAUGGUUAGGAGUUAGGACGGAGGUCUGACCCGCGUUCUCUCUUUAAAUCAAGUAAGACUCUGGUUAGGGUUUUAGGAAGCCUUCUCCCGCAGCAUAGCUCGUCACUUCAGCCACCUCUGCAACAACCGGGAAAAGGGAGAAGCUCCGCCUCCAACCCACGAAAAUGGUGAAAGGUCGCGAAGGAGAGCGCGUCAGACUCUACGUCCGAGGAACUAUCCUAGGGUACAAGAGGUCCAAGGCAAACCAGUACCCCAACACUUCUCUGAUUCAGAUUGAGGGAGUGAAUACCAAGGAAGAGGUAGCAUGGUAUGCGGGAAAGCGCUUGGCUUAUAUCUACAAGGCUAAGGUGAAGAAGGAUGGCUCGCACUAUCGCUGCAUCUGGGGCAAGGUAUCAAGGCCUCAUGGAAACAGUGGUGUCAUUAGAGCAAAGUUCACGUCCAACCUCCCUCCCAAGUCCAUGGGAGACAGAGUAAGAGUCUUCAUGUACCCCAGCAAUAUCUAAGGUACAUUCAAUUGUCAAUGUCGGGAUUAAGUUGUUUAGUAUAAUGUGGAAUUCAGAUAUGUAACUGUGUCGUCUGAAUUGUUAUUUCAAGAGUAACUCUGCUAUCAACUGUGUGGCUGUGUUUGGUGAAGUGGUUGUCUCACUGAGUCGCAGUUGUCAAUACUGUAAUUGUUUUAACUUGCCUUGGAAAUUGCUGCUUCAGUUGCACUUGGAUGCAUACCUGAUUUCCUUGUACCUUGUUGUCUGAAGUCUUUCUUUUUGCUGUUCCUCAGGUUUUGAAGAAGUUUGCUUGUCUCAGAGGAAACUGCUGUGUACUUGGGUUCUUCGAUCUAAGUUGAGCUUUGAUUUGUCUUGUGCCUUUCUCUUUUUGUUAGAGACAGUUUUGUUCUGUUUAGCAUGGUGGAUAUACGUUGUACACCAUUCCCAUCAAUUCCAGUUUCAGUAAAUCCCCAAUCAGAUGUUCUUGUUUGAAUGCUCGAGUAAUCAAAUCCUCCUUUGAACUCUGUUUAUUUAUAUGUUAUUAUUGUAAAUUCUUUGUUUCGUUCGUCUGAUUUACAACAAUCCUGUAGCUAUUAUUGUGCUCAUGUCAUGGUGGCCUUGAGCUGGAUAAUCUACAGAUUGACAUGACUAGGCUCAUAGCUAAACGCGUUUCUGCUCCAGAUUCCGAUUCCUAGGAUCGAAUUAGUUUGUAGGUUUCCCUGGGUUCUAUCUUGCAUCUCAUUGUGGCUUGACCCUGAAGUAUGAUCUUACCAUAAGAAGCUCGAGAAGUAAUUCACGGCCUGUACCACGAUGAUUGAGAAAUCAUCGUUGUUUGGAUUAUACUCGUCGUUUGGUUCUGUAUUACAUGAGAGUUACAGGUGCAAAUUGAAGGUUGAGAAUCUGUACAUUGAACUGUAAAACAGAAUUGUCAUCGCCCAUAGGUAGUUGUUAUGACGAAUGCGUUGAAAAGUAUAUUUGCUUUCAGUUCAAUGCCGCCAUUUGAAUGUAAUCAAGAUAGGCACUUUGA